AUGUCCUCGAAGAUGCGAUCUGAGCCCAAGAAAUCGACCGUGCAUUUGAAGUGUCGUGACAAGGUGGAACGACGAAACGCCCGGGAACGGCACCGAGUUAAGGCCGUGAACCGAGGCUACGAGGAUCUGGCUGUUAUGGUAAGUAUUGGUUACGUAAAGGUGUUUUACUUUUAUCUUUAAAUUGAAAAAAAAAUUUUUGUACUUUUUGAGUAAAAUUUUUAUUGUAAAAUACGAUUUUAUUUAAAAAAAUAAAAAAAUAUAAAAAUAAUUUAAAACUUUGCUUGCUAAUAGGAUAAUAUUCAAAAUUUUUCAGUUAAACGAAUGGGAGGUGUACAAAAACAAGAAGCUGACGAAAGCCGAUACUUUGAAAGCAGCCAUAGAGUAUAUAAAGCAUUUGGAGUCGAUCCUAGGAGCAGAUGGGUCUACGCCAAUACUAAAGGACGAGCGUUUAUCAGCCAGUUCAUCUACUACAACAUCGCCCUACUCAGCGACCUCACCCUUUUCCGCGACUUCGCGACAACAGAGCCCUUAUCAACAGUACUCUCUACAAGACGGCUAUCAGAUGUACAGUAUGAAGCCGGAAAUGUACGGUGGAGUGAAACAGGAGAUGGCACCGGGACAGUACUAUUAUGGUCAACAGUUCUUUCAACAGUAG